AUUUUAGUCUACACCAAAAAUCAAGAUGCCUCAAUACUACAGUUCGGAUCCUGAAUUACCUAAAGACAUCCAUGAGUUUUACAUCACUUGCAUUCUUGGAGACAUCAUAGUUGGGAUUGCAAUGUUCAUUGUAUGGGGAUUUGAUGUCAAUGAGAAGCAUAUCGGAGUUCAUGCCAAGUUUUUGAUCUUAUGAACAGCUUGAAUUAAAAUUGGAAUCUUACUUCCCUUUCAUGUUAUUACUUAUAUUCUGUUCCUGAAAAAGAUUCUCAAAGAGAAAACAAUCAAGAUUCUAAAUUUAAUCGUAUUUAUGUUAUUUACUCCUUGGGCGGUAUACUGAUUGAUCAGAUUCUAUUCAUCCGAUAAUAGUACCAAGGAAGAAUCAGGUUUUCUCUAUGGAGGGAUGCUCUUUAAUAUGAUAGAAGGAAUUAUCUUAGCUGUUGCAUUAUUAGUAUGUUGCAUUGUAGCUUGUAUUAUCAUGGUUCUUUAUUGCAUGAUCCAAAGAAGUACCAAUAAUACACCUCUAUCUGAAACGCAGCAAGCUGGGAAUAUCAGAGUGAGUAACCUUCUUAAUACUUUUGAUGUCCUCAGCAUCACAGGAAAGAAGUAUUCAAAAGAUGACCUUUGUUGUAUUUGCCUUGAAAAUUUUAAAGAAGGAGUUCAAGUAACCGAACUCUCUUGUAAUGCUAAACAUACUUUCCAUACUCAAUGUAUAAGUGAUUGGAUCAGAAGAAACAGUAAUUGUCCUAUUUGCAGAUCUCCAGUAUCUGCUGAUCAGAUUGGAGAAAUCGAGAGACAUGAAGUAAUCUUGAGUUCUUCAGCAAGUAAUGCCAAUGAUUAUGGUACUUUCCAAGAAGAAAAGAAUAAAGAUGAGGAGACCAAAGAUGAGGAAGCCAAGGAUGCUCAUGAAUUGACUCCUUUCGUUGACCCGGGAGAUGUUACACAUGAUGAUAUGAAUUAA